AUGUCCGACGUGAUCCAUGCGCUACCGGCUCUGGCCCCACUGGCGAUCGAAAGGGCGAGGAAAGCACGCGGAACGUGUCACAACCGAUUUUGUCCUGAUCUUGCUGCACCGAUUUUCCGCGUGGUUGAUCAGAGCGCGUCCGACUUUCGGGCAGUCGAAUUUCCGUACUCGGCACCGGAUGCGCGGUUGGCGCAGGACUACGACUACAUCUUCGGAGCGCCGGUCACCUUCGGCGCGCAGCGAGCGGCACUGGAGUUCGACAACUCGGCCAUGCGCGCACCGAUCAUCCAAACCGAGGAGACGUUGGAGGAGUACCUCCGAGAAUCUCCGAUUCAGCUCAUGUCCGAACGCGAUUACGACAGCACUGCGUCGGCGCAGGUGCGACGGGUCCUCGAACUCGGAGUGAAGGGGCGAACCUCCACGGCCGAGGAGAUCGCCGAGAUGCUCUCGAUCAGCGUUCCCCAUCUGCGUCGACUGCUGCGGCGUGACGGAACAUCACUGAAUCAACUACGCGAGGAAGUGCUCCGCGACGUAGCCAUCGCUGGUUUGCGGCGCGGAGAAUCCGUCGAACGCGUUCCGUCGGGCCUUCAAACGAUGGACCGGCGACACUCCGAGUUCGUACCGCUAGCUGACGCAGAACUCGUUUCCUUCGGGAUCGGUCAUCGUGAUCCACACGCUCGGCCCCUGCGCUCCCCGGUGCAGGAUCGUCGCCCCCACCGUCUCGAGGUGCGCUGCGACAUCCUCGCGCUUGUCGCCCACUCGUAUGUCGAAAUGGAGCCGGUUCUUCACCGUCUUCGAUUCCGGAACCAGUUGGAACAGAACGCGGGGACGUUCGGGAUGCUCCGGAUCGCUGAUGGCCGCACCUUCGCGCCAGACGAGAACUCCCUCGAAGGUCGUGGUGUCAGAUUCCUUGGCGUGACCAGCAGCGACGAGGCCCCUGAUGAAGUCUUCGUCGCUGGGCUCCGCUGCCCACCCGAGUGCUGCGGCCCACCACUUCGCCUGUUCGUGCGGGUGUGCCGAAUCUACUGUGACUUAGAAAUUCGUAUCCCAUGUUCCGACGUUAACGCCGACCACCGACACCUAGUGAAGGUUCAGCCGAGCCGGGCAUCAGUCGACACUCUUGAUGGUCUUCAUGGUGAUCAGCGAUGUCACCCGCGAGACAGCCGGAAGCCCGCUGAGCUUGGUGACCAUGAAGUUCUCGUACGUCGCGAGAUCUUUCACCGCGACCCGAAUGAAGUAGUCGGGAAUUCCGAACAACCGCCGACAUUCGAUCACUUCGUCGAAGGCGGCGACCUGGAUUCGAAGUCCUCGAUGGUCGCCUGGUCGUUGACUCCGAUCUCGGCGCUUCGUCGACGGCCGCGCCUGCCGUCGAACUCUCGCCGCGAACCCCGGCGUGGCGGCACGCUAUCCAACUGUCGCUGCCGGUCGGAUUCGGCCUGCUCCCACUCCGGGAUAGCCCUGGGCGUUCUUGUGGUCCAACAGGGCCUCAACCCGCGGUGGGCAGUCGCUUUCACCUCGCUGAUCUACGCCGGAUCGCUGGAGUUUCUCGCCGUCGGAAUGGUCGCGGCCAUGACACCACUGCCGUACGUCGCUCUGACCGCACUGCUGGUCAACUUUCGACAUGUGUUCUACGCCUUGAGUUUUCCGCUGGAAAAGAUUCGCAACCCCUUCGCCCGCUUCUACAGCAUGUUCGCGCUGACCGACGAGGGCCUAUGCGAUGUCGGUAACUGCCGAUCCCAAGGCACUCACCGGACGCGUCAUCGUCUACUCCCAGCUGUACCUCCACGGCUACUGGAUCGGUGGCGCGAUCCUGGGCGCGACGGCAGGACAGUGGAUUCGGACUCGAUAGUCGGUCUCGACUUCGCUCUGACCGCACUGUUCGUCGUCCUCUCGAUCGAGGCAAUUCGCGCACAAAACGGAUUCGCGGUGCCGGUCGCUGCGGUCACCUGCGCUCUGGUCGCCCGGCUCGCAGCCCCGGAUCACAUGCUGCCAAUUGCAAUGGGCGCCUUCGUGCUCUUCCUGAUCGGCCGCUUUGUCUACGACUCACGAAGGCGAAGAUCGAUGCCUGACACCUCGUACAUCUUUGCGGCGGUCGCAGUCAUGGCCGUGGUCACCUUCGCGCUGCGCGCAAUCCCCUUCGCCGCGCUCAUGCCGCUGCGCUCCUCCGCCCUGGUCGGCUACCUCGGCAUCUACAUGCCGGCCGGCGUCAUGCUGAUCCUCGUGAUGUAUUCACUCAAAGGGGUGUCGAUCACCGCCCCGUCUCACGGCCUCCCGAAC